AUGUACUCUGCCCGAUUCCAUUAUGAUAUUUGUUUUUGUUAUUCUCAUUCUCUCUCUCUCUCUCUCUAUCUCUCUCUCUCUCUCUCACUCUCACUUGCUCCUCGUCUCUCAUCUUUCUUUCUUUUAAUCGCUCUUUUUUCAUUAUUCGCUUUCUUUUUUCUCGGUCUCUCUCAGUCCUUUUUUCUCUCUCUCUCUUUCUUCCCAUUAUUCACCUUUCUUUCUUUUUUCUCUUUCAUUAUUUGUCUCUCUCGGUCCCUCUCUCUCUUUCCCCCUCUCUCUUCUUCCUCGUCUGACAUCUUUCUUUCUUUUAAUCGCUCUUUUUCAUUAUUUGCUUUCUUUUCUCGGUCUCUCUCAGUCCUUCUCUCUCUCUCUCUCUCUCUCUUUCUUCCCCCUCGUCUUUCAUCUUUCUUUCUUUUAAUCGCUCUCUUUCAUUAUUUGCUUUCUUUUCUCGGUCUCUCUCAGUCCCUCUCUCUCUUUCCCUCUCUCUUCUUCCUCUCCUUCUCUCUCUCUCUCUCUCUCUCUCUCUCUCUUUCUUCCCCCUCGUCAUUCAUCUUUCUUUCUUUUAAUCGCUCUUUUUCAUUAUUUGGUUUCUUUUCUCGGUCUCUCUCAGUCCUUCUCUCUCUCUCUCUCUCUCUCUCUCUCUCUUUCUUCCCCUCCUUUUUUCAUUAUUUGCUUUUCUUUUCUCGGUUUCUCAGUCCUUUCUCUCUCUCUCUCUUUCUUCCCCCUCGUCUUUCAUCUUUCUUUCUUUUAAUCGCUCUCUUUCAUUAUUUGCUUUUCUUUCUCUCUCUCUCGGUCUCUCUCUCUCUCUCUUUCCCUCUUUCUUCUUCCUCGUCUUUCAUCUUUCUUUCUUUUAAUCGCUCUUUUUCAUUAUUUUUUUUCUUUUCUCGGUCUCUCUCGGUCCCUCUCUCUCUCUCUCUCUCUCUCUCUCUUCUUCCUUUCGUCUCGUCUUUUCUUUCUUUUUUUCUCUCUCUCCUUUCAUUAUUAGCUUUCUUUUCUCAUCCUUCUCUCUCUCUCUCUCUCUCUCUCUCUCUUUCUUCCCCCUCGUCUUUCAUCUUUCUUUUUUCUUUUCAUUAUCGCUCUCUUUCAUUUUUUCUCUCUUCCUCUCUCUCUCGGUCCCUCUCUCUCUCCUCUCUCUCUCUCUCUUCUUCCUCGUCUGACAUCUUUUCUUUCUUUCUUUUAAUCGCUCUUUUCAUUAUUUGCUUUUUUUCUCGGUCUCUCUCAGUCCCUCUCUUCCCUCUCUCUUCUUCCUCGUCUCAUCUCAGCUUUCUUUUUCUUUCUUUUUCUGGGGUCUCUCUCAGUCCUUCUCUCUCUCUCUCUCUCUCUUCUUUCUUCCCCUCGUCUUUCAUCUUUCUUUCUUUUAUUUUCUUUAUUUUUCGCUCGGUCUCUCUCAGUUCUCUCUCUUUCCCUCUCUCUUUUUUUCGUCUGACAUCUUUCUUUCUUUUAAUCGCUCUUUUCAUUAUUUCCUUUUUUUUCUCGGUCUCUCUCCUCUCUCUCUCUCUCUCUCUCUCUCUCUCUCUUUCUUCCCCCUCUCCUUCUCUCUCUCUCUCAGUCCCUCGUCUUUCAUCUUUCUUUCUUUUAAUCGUCUCUUUCAUUAUUUCUUUCUUUUCUCGGUCUCAGUCCCUCUCUCUCUUUCCCUCUCUUUCUUUUCUAAUCUUUCUCUUUUUUCAUUAUUUGCUUUCUUUUCUCGGUCUCUCUCAGUCCUCUCUCUCUCUCUCUCUCUCUCUUUCUUUCCCCUCCUUUUCUCUUUCUUUCUCGUCUGACAUCUUUCUUUCUUUUAAUCGCUCUUUUUUCAUUAUUUGCUUUCUUUUUCUCGGUCUCUCCUUCUCUCUCUCUCUCUCUCUCUCUCUCUUUCUUCCCCCUCGUCUUUCAUCUUUCUUUCUUUUAAUCGCUCUCUUUCAUUAUUUGCUUUCUUUUCUCGGUCUCUCUCAGUCCCCUCUCUCUUUCCCUCUCUCUUCUUCCUCGUCUGACAUCUUUCUUUUCGCUCUUUCAUUAUUUUUUUCUUUUCUCGGUUUCUCGGUCCUCUCUCUCUCUCUCUCUUUUUCUCGUCUUUCAUCUUUUUUCUUUUUUAAUGCUCUCUUUCAUUGUUAUUUGUUUUCUCUCUCUCUCUCUCAGUCCUCUCUCUCUCUCUCUCUCUCUUCCCCCUCGUCUCUCAUCUUUCUUUCUUUUAAUCGCUCUUUUUCAUUAUUUGCUUUUUCUUCUUACCCCGGUCUGACAUCUUUCAGUUUCCUUUUCAUCAUUCUUUCUUUUCUCGGUCUCUCAGUCCUUCUCUGUCUCUCCCUCUUUCUUCCCCCUCGUCUUUCAUCUUUCUUUCUUUUAAUCGCUCUCUUUCAUUAUCUUUCAUUCUCUCGGUUCUCUUUCCCUCUCUCUUUUCCUCGGACAUCUUUCUUUCUUUUUAAGCUCUUUUUUCAUCCUUUCUCUUUUCUCGGUCUCUCUCAGUUCUCUCUCUCUCUCUCUCUCUCUUCUUCCUCGUCUCUCAUCUUUCUUUCUUUUAAUCGCUCUCUUUCAUUAUUUGCUUUCUUUUCUCGGUCUCUCUCAGUCCCUCUCUCUCUUUCUCUUCUUCCUCGUCUGACAUCUUUCUUUCUUUUUUCAUUAUUUGCUUUCUUUUCUCGGUCUCUCUCAGUCCUUCUCUCCUCUCUCUCUCUCUCUCUCUCUCUUUCUUCCCCCUCGUCUUUCAUCUUUCUUUCUUUUAAUCGCUCUCUUUCAUUAUUUGCUUUCUUUUCUCGGUCUCUCUCGGUCCCUCUCUCUCUUUCCCUCUCUCUUCUUCCUCGUCUGACAUCUUUCUUUCUUUUAAUCGCUCUUUUUCAUUAUUUGCUUUCUUUUCUCGGUCUCUCUCAGUCCUUCUCUCUCUCUCUCUCUCUCUCUCUCUUUCUUCCCCCUUUUAAUCGUCUUUCAUUAUUUCUUUCUUUUAAUCGGUCUCUUUUUUCUCUUUUCUUUCUCUUUCCUCUCUUUCUCUCUCUCUUUCUCUCUCUUCUCCCCUUCCAUCUUUCUUUCUUUUUAAUCGCUCUCUUUCAUUAUUUGCUUUCUUUUUUCUCUCAGUCCUCUCUCUCUCUUUAUUUCUCUCUCUUCUUCCUCCCUUUCCCUCUCUCUUCCUCGUCUGACAUCUUUCUUUCUUUUAAUCGCUCUUUUUCAUUAUUUCUUUCUUUUCUCUCUCUCUCAGUCCUCUCUCUCUCUCUCUCUCUUUCUUCCCCUCGUCUCUCAUCUUUCUUUCUUUUAAUCGCUCUUUUUCAUUAUUUGCUUUCUUUUCUCGGUCUCUCAGUCCUUCUCUCUCUCUCUCUCUCUCUCUUUCUUCCCCCUCGUCUUCCAUCUUUCUUUCUUUUAAUCGCUCUUUUCUUAUUUUCUUUUCUUUUCUUUCUCUUUCGGUCCUUCUCAGUCUCUCCUCUUCCUCGUCUGACAUCUUUCUUUCUUUUAAUUGCUCUUUUUCAUUAUUCGCUUUCUUUUCUCGGUCUCUCUCAGUCCUUCUCUCUCUCUCUCUCUCUCUUUCUUCCCCCUCUCCUUCUCUCUCUCUCUCUCUCUCUCUCUCUUUCUUCCCCUCGUCUUUCAUCUUUCUUUCUUUUAAUCGCUGUUUUUUCAUUAUUUUCUUUCUUUUCUUCUCUCAUUCCCUCUCUCUCUCUCUCUCUCUCUCUCUCUCUCUCUCUCUCUUCCUCCUCGUCUCUCAUCUUUCUUUCUUUUAAUUGUUCCUCUCUCUCUCUCUUCUUCAUCGCUCUUUUUCAUUAUAAGCUUUCUUUUCUCAGUCUCUCUCAGCCGCCCCCUCUCUCUCUUUCUCUCUCUCUCUCUCUCUCUCUUCCUCCUCCUCUCUCAUCUUUCUUUAUUUUAAUCGCUCUUUUCAUUCAUUAUUUUCGGUCUCUUUCUUUCUCUCUCUCUCUUUCUCUCUCUCUCUCUCUUUCUCUCUCUCUUCCUUUUCUCUCUUCAGUCCCUCUCUCUCUCUCUCUCUCUCUCCCUCUCUCUUCCUUCUCGUCUGCCAUCUUUCUUUCUUUUAAUCGCUGUUUUUCAUUAUUUGCUUUCUUUUCUCGGUCUCUGUCAGUCCUUCUCUCUCUCUCUCUGUCUCUCUCUCUCUCGGUCUCUCAGUCUCUUCUCUCUCUCUCGUUCUCUCAGUCUCUUCUCUCUUUCUCUUCCCUCUCUCUUUCUCUUUCUCUCUCUCUCUCAGUCUCUCAAUCUCUUUCUCUCUUUCUCUCUCUCUCUUCCUCCUCGUCUCUUAUCUUUCUUUAUUUUAAUCGCUCUUUUUCAUUAUUCGCUUUCUUUUCUCUGUCUCUCUCAGCCAAUCUCUCUCUCUCUCUCUCUCUCAGUCUCUCAGUCUCUUUCUCUCCCUCUCUCUCUCUUCCUCCUCGUCUCUCAUCUUUCUUUAUUUUAAUCGCUCUUUUUCAUUAUUCGCUUUCUUUUAUCGGUCUCUCUCAGUCUCUCUCUCAGUCUCUCUCUCUCUCUCUCUCUCUCUUUCCCUCAUUUCGUUUUUCUCCUUCCUUUUUACUUUCACUACAUUCCCACUCACCAUCUAUAUAUCUAUCAUUCUCUCUGUCUAUUGCAUCUAUUCUCUCUCUCCUCCGAUUUCCUCUGACUUUUCCAUUUUUCUCUCUUUUUCUCCUCUCUACAUUUUUCUCUCCAACUGCCAGUCUGUCUCUUUCUUAUACUUCAUUCUUUCUCUCUUUCAUUUCUCACAUUGUCUUUAAUUCAGAGCCUGUCAUUUUGUAG